AAAUUUCCAAUUUUUCUAUUUUUAGAAACAAACAUUACAACUUCCGGAACACGUCAAUCGCGUUUUGUCACAACUUGUACAUGAAAUAAUGUUUAAUUAUAGAAAUAUUUAACUUCUGAUAAAAUAUUUGUUUGUGCUUGAAGUGACGUGGAUACUUCUAUGUCAGCAUUGCCAUAUCAGCUUUGUUCAAAGACCUUGACAUAGAUUUACAGUAAUAGAAAAUGGCAGGUCAAUCAGCAAUCUUGGAUAUGCUUUUUGACAAGUCUGAAGGAAUAUUGAAGGAGGAGGUACCUGAGAUACAGACAUUAGACUUUUCUAACCUUGGCUUGAUGUCAGAAGACUUUGGCACUUUGUUUGGUGAUUGCCUCCUCGCAGAUAUAGAAAAAUCAACAGCCCCACAGACCCCAUCAGCAUUCACAGAUCAUGACUAUGUCAUGCAGCCAGCAAAGUCACCUGCAGGAAGUGACAGUGGAGUUUCAGUAGACUCGGGAGGAAAUUCUCCUCGUAAUUCAGAAAAUGAUAUGUCUCAGUUUAGUAAUGAUGUAACAAGCAUGUCGGGUUCACCCCAUAGUGACUUUCAGUACAGUCCUCAUCAAAUGGUACCAAAUGAUGAACUAAGCCCAGUGUCAGUUGCAGAUCAGUUGUCCUGUAGUCCAGGGCAAACAGAAAUCGAUAAUAUGGACCUUGAACAUUUUGACUUUUCUGAAUUGGACACUAUUGAUACUAGUGCAUUGAUCUCAGAUAAAUAUGGAGGUGGCAUCAUGGAUGAGGAUGUUUCAAUAGACUUAGGCUCUCACACUGAUCUUAUGACCUUUGACACCACCACAAACACUGCAGUUAAUUAUGAUGGAAGUGAAACAAAGACAAUCAAAAUCAUUAAAGUGUCAGCAACCACAGAGUCAUUACCUUUUACAAUGAAGGAUGUAUCUACAGGGACAAAACUUGGAAACUUUCCAGAGCUCAGACUUACAGAGGAGGAGAAAGACCUUCUGUCAAAAGAGGGUGUAAAUAUACCCACAGAUAUGCCACUUACCAAAGAGGAAGAAAGAGCUCUUAAAGCAGUUAGAAGGAAGAUUAGAAAUAAGGUAUCAGCGAAGGAAAGUCGAAAACGUAAGAUGGACUAUGUUGAUGGAUUAGAGAAAAGAGUGAAGAAAUGUACUCAGGAAAAUCACACAUUACAUAAGAAAGUUGAUCAACUUGAAAAACAAAAUGUAACAUUGUUAAACCAGUUAAAGAAACUACAGACAAUAUUGAGUCUGAAAUCAACAAGAACAGCCCAGGCAUCUACAUGUGUUAUGGUUCUUCUUUUAUCAUUCGCAUUUUUGAUAGUUCCAAACUUUAACCCAUUCCGAGACAGUGACUCAAUGGAGGACCUUAAGGCUGUAAAGAUGCCUGGAAACUCCAGGAAUCUGCUUCACAAAUCAGGGGAUGACCUCCUACCUGGAGAUGAUAACCCAUAUGGUAUCACUGUAAAACCAGCUGAAUUCUGGGAACAACCACCAAAAACCCCUGUCCUGCCAGAAUUUGGUAAAGCUGUUAUUCAGGAUUUAGAAAUUGAUGGAGACGAUGAGAUAGAAAAAGAGACAUUAAAUACUAACAAUCAAGAGAAUGUUGUAUAUGUGCAAAUAGAGAAAUCUGUUGGUGGGGUAGAUAUGGAAUCAAAUGUUACAUAUGUUUCAAGUGAGGCAGAAUAUAACAAAGAUACAAUGUCGGAAUCAAAUGAAAGUCCAGUGGAAGCAAACACAAAUAAAGGAACAAAACGGAAGCAUGACCUUUAGCCAGGGUUUUAAUUGUUGUUAAAAGACACAAAUGUUUUUGAGAUUUUUGUAUUUGUUAUGAUAUUUGUACAAAUGUGAUAUUGUCUAGUGUUUGUGUUGAUUGAAAUGAUGACAUUUCUAACAAGUUACAAACUCUGGUUAACACAUAAGCAGCAAAUAAGGAAGUGAUAGGCACUGUGGCUAGCAAGUCAGACCUUUACCAUAGCACAUAAAUUAUCAAAUUAGCCUCACAACCUGCAGCGACCAAUAUGUUAUCAACAAGUUGUAUACUUAAAUACUGUACUGUGUCAAUCAAACUGGCCUCAUCUAAAUGCAUGCAAUGUAGAUGUGUGCAAGGUUUCUAUCUUUUCCAGGUAUGUUGGUACAAAAUAUCAGAAACUUAAUUUAAAGAAUGCAUAAUAUAAAGUUACAUACUUAACAUUUUCGUUUGUAACAUGUGUGGCAAAAAUUCAUUCAAUGUAUACAUGAUAUGCUUUAUUUCAUGUUAAGUUUAACAGUUGAAGGAAUUUCUGUGCAAGAUAAAUAGUGUAAUUCUAGAUAGUGAUAGUGAAAAGUGUGAUAUAACCAGUAAUGAAUGGGAGCGUGUUACUUUGAUGACAUAAAUGCAUCACAUGUACUUGAUGCUUGUUUAAUUUCUAUUGUAUAAUUAAUGAAUCUUUUAGCAUGAAAUAAAAGCAAACUACAGAUCUUCUUGUACAUGUAAAGGGCAUGAAAGAAUUGUUAAAAAGCUUGAAUGUAUCGAGUAAUUGGUCCCUUACAUUCAACUCCAGUUAUUGAUCUUAUAAAAAAAUACGAGAGUCUAGCAACAUAUCAUGUUUCAUCUUAUUUUACUUACUAAAUGAGAUCAGUAAUACAAAGUUAGAAGGACUAUCAUCGUUAAACUUAGUGUAUGAGAACUAACCUGUAUAUUAAUUAUAUGAAGUGAGAAAUGAAAGAUUUCAAAUCUUAAAAUUUAGACAAAAUCAUGAACAAAUUAUGAUUGCCAAACUAGUCUUAAAUUUUAUAUCAUAUUUCUUAUUGUAGGAGUAUGUAUAUCAGUUAAUGGCAUGCAUCAGUGUUACAUUAAUAAAUACUUGUAUAUAUAUCAUUUCAUCAAACAGAAAAUCAUUAUUAUUUGUCUGCUGACAAUUUUUCUAAUUCAUAUCAUAAGGUUUUCAUUCAUCUCUCCUGACUAACAAGACUUUCAUUUAUUAUGUGCUAAACAUUUUUAAAAUUGUUAUAUUUGAUGUAAUUAUAUUGAUACAGUAUCUGUAAUUAAAACACUUUUUGAAUUAUUUUGGUAGAAAUUGCACAUUGUAACACUCGAUGUUUUACAGCAUUGUGUAGCAGUUUUAACCUCACAAUUGUUAUUGUUGUUUACUUACUUAUCUUCAUUUAAGAAGAAUAAAUUUUGUAAAGUAAAGAAAAA